CUUCCUCGCGCCUCCUAAACUGGCCGUCGGGUGUGAGAGACCGUGCGUGGUUUAGGGUUUAGAGGAUUCUCCGAAAGCAUUCGAUUUCUCCUUAUUGACAGGUUCAAUUUAGGGUUUAGGGUAAAGCAGCAUUGCAUUCACAGGAAGAAGGCUAUUUAGAAUGGCGGGUAGCAAGGAUCAAGCCCUCAGGGCAAAAGAGAUCGCCGAGAAGAAAUUGGCCGAAAACGAUCUCAUCGGCGCCAAGAAAUUUGCCCUGGAGGCCCAAACUCUCUUCCCGGCUCUCGAAGGCCUGGUUCAGUUGACUGCGACUCUCGACGUUUGCAUUGCGUCUCAGAGCAAAGUUGACGGGGAGAAGGAUUGGCACGCCAUUCUCUGCGUGGACUCCGGUGCAGACGAAGACACGGUGAGGAAACAAUACAGAAAGCUGGCUCUCCUGCUUCAUCCCGACAAGAACAAAUCUGCCGCUGCUGAAGAUGCUUUCAAGCUGAUUUCAGAGGCAUGGAGUGUCUUAUCUGAUAAGUCCAGGAGAACACUUGAGGACUCGCAGGAAGCUUCCCAACCAAACAACAAAAGAGCUGCUGCUCCUGGCGAUGCCAACGGAUCUUCCAAAUUCUCCAAGAGAAGCAAAGAGCCACCUGCAAGUGCAACAUUUUGGACGUCCUGUGAUAGGUGUGGAAUGCAGUACGAGCAUCUUAGAGUGUACCUUAAUCUCACUCUUCUCUGUAUUAAUUGCCAAGCAUCUUAUGUAGCUACAGAGAUAAACCCCCCUAGUGAAUUUGUAUCCUCAGAGCAUACUUCUCUGCAGAGUCAACCAAACUUGCAUUGUUUCCAAUGGGGGCCUUCUUUUUCUAGAACUGAAGGAGCUGCAAGUGCGAAUGUCGUAGAGAAGGCGAAGAGGCACAGGCAGCGGCUAGAAAGGAAGAAUGAUGUUCUAAAGAGAAAAGCUAGUGCAUCCUGACAACGACCACACAGAGGUUUGAAUUUUGAUUUCUGCUGCAACAAAUGAGGAGCAAAUGGGAAUUCUGUAAAUGGGAAACAAAGUAAGCAGUUGAGGGAGUUUUGCGAUUUUGAUACCAAAAGAGUGGAAAUCUGCUGCCUUGAAAGGAAACGCUAAAAAGAAACAAGGACUGAGUGAAGCUGGCAAAUAAAAAAACAGCUUAUCAGUGAGAAGAGAUUGUCAUUGAUGAUGUAAAAGCUUCACAUGAUGUUCUGUUUGAUUUUCUGAAUGGUCUUUUGUGAGAGCAAACUA